AUGAUGGAGCUGGUCCCUAAAACUAAGUACACUCACUUCCGGAGUGAAUCUCUCAGUUCGAAUGACGAUACCAACUCCAAUCCCUCCUCCCUCCCACCUUCCACCCCCGCAACCCCCCUCACCCCUCCUGGGCUACCCUCCUCCCUGUCCUCCUCCUCUCUCACCCCCAUCCUCCCCCCUUCCCGCCGCCGAGCCGAGAACAGCCCCACCACGCUCUGCUCCUUCUUCCCCAGGAUGGGAGCCCUUCGCCUGGGCGUCUCUGCCACUCUACUCCCAGGCCUCAAGGCCUCCAGCAGGCCUCAGCAGGCUCAAGCCCCCAUGGAGUCUUCAGGGGUUAACAGUUCCAGUUCCAGAUCUCCCCCUCCUCACCCACCUCACUGUCUAACAGCCCCUUCUCCCCCCCCUCGUCCCCCUUUGCAGGAUAUGAACCGGCUGGGCGGGGCGUCCAGGAGGGCGCGGGUGGAGGGGGGGCAGCUGGGGGGAGAUGAGUGGACGCGCCACGGGUCCUUCGUCAACAAACCCACCAGAGGAUGGCUACACUCAGACCACGUGGUCAGCACCACUGGGGUUGCCUACUCUGUACGGGUAAGAGUUGGUUGACCUGUCUGUCUGUUUUUCAGUUUGUAGGAUGUAGGCCUAUAGGCUAGUACUUGCAUAUUUCUUUAACUUUCCAUAUCUGUCCAUUUUUCUGUUGCUCUCUCAAAAUAAUCUAUUCUCUUGUCUAUCCAUCUGUCUCUAUCUGUUUCGAUCUGCCCCUCCGGUCAGUGGGGGUGUUCUGGAGGAAAUAUAAUCCUAGUUCAUAUGAGUUCCUUUCCUGUUUCCUGUGUAGUAUAUUGGCUGUGUGGAGAGGAGUGCUGUAGGAAGUGGCAUCCCUGUUCAUAUGCGUCUCCUCUCUAUUUCCUGUGUAGUAUAUGGGCUGUGUGGAGGUGCUACAGUCUAUGAGGGCGCUGGACUUCAACACCAGAACUCAGGUCACCAGGUGAGAACCCUCCAGUUGGGAUAGUUCUCCCAAAUUACAAAAUGUCAUAUUGGUUUCCUUACCCUGUAAGCAGUCUAUGGAGAAGGUAUGACAGUCAAAAUCAUCCGAAAGUAUCUUAAAUUGAUUGUGAGGCUCAACAAAGUAACUUAUAGAUGAUUUGAACAUGAUGCGCGUAAAAUGCUAAUAUCAGUACCAUGACUUGAAUGGGAUUUGUGCAACAAAUGCUAAAACGUUAGCAUUUAGAAACAGUGCCAGGGAAACUAAACCAAGGCAGGGAUUGCUGUCAUACCUUGUCCAUAGACUGCUUACAGGGUAAGGAAACCAAUGUGUCAUUUUGUAAUUUGGGUGAACUAUCCCUUUAAACUGUUGUUUAUGGUUAAUGAUCAAGUUACUUCACUCAGAUGUACUGUGGUUAGGUAGUUCAGAACAGAGCCAUGUAGUUAGAGCCUAGUACUGUAUAUGGCUCUUGUUCAAAACACUGCAAAUCACAAAAUGUACUCUUACUAGCUACCUCAUUUUCACAUAAAAAUUUAUUAUUUAUCUCCAUCUUCAGUUCAUAUCUUUCUCUCUCUGCUCCUCCCCCAAUUCUCUUUCUUGCCCUGUUCUAUUUUGGUCCCUAGCCUCUACCCAUUCAGUGUUAGACAAUCUGAAAGGACUCCAUAGGUUUAGCAGUAUGAUUGUGUGUGUGUGUGUGUGUGCGUGCGCGCCUUCCGCCCUCACGACCUCUAAAUUAAAAUGUUCUGGAAUCCUGGUGGUUUCCUUCUGGUUUCCGUAGUGAUGUUUGUAUCUGUGGUGAGGACAAGUGUGGUUGUCAGGAUGAUGAAGUCUGUGUGACAUGUUGCCUGAUUUCAUCUAAUCUAAGUAUGAAAUCCGCACGAGUGUGUUAGAGAGAGAUUCUCACACGUGUUGUUGUUUCAGAGAGGCUAUCUCAGUGGUGUGUGAGGCAGUGCCCGGAGCCAAAGGAGCCCAACGCAGGAGAAAGGUACACACCAAUACACACACACACACACACAGAGCAUUAUUUAUUUAUGUGUUAAGUGGAGGGCAGUGGUCAGGGCGUUGUUGGAUCUGGAUUUAGCUGGAUUGUCCACUCUGUGGUCAGUGGUACUUACAGGUAACUACCUCUGUCUCUCUCUUUCUCUCUCACUGUCUCUCUCACACACCUACACACACACACACACACACUGCCCCUUGUAUGAGGGAGACUUGUGAAUAAGUUGUGUGUGCCCAGACUAAGCCAACUCCAACUGGGCCGGGCCCAGCCUGUCUUUAUGGAGGAAGGGAGGGGGAGAGAGGGAGGGGGGGGAGGGGGAGGGAGAGCGUUCCUGUAAAACUAAAAGUAUCCACCCAAACACUACAUAAAACAGAGCUAUAUACAGACCAGACUGGUUUGGCUACAGCAUGUCUGGCCCUGCAAGACUGUGGGAGACUAUUGGGGACACUUUUAGACUAUUGGGGACCAUUUUAGACUAUUGGGGACUAUGCAAGACUAUUUGAGACUAUGGACUGUGUGGGACUUGACUAGACAAGCUUAAGUUUGUGUUGACCAGAUGAACCAUUGAGCAGAGCAGAGUCAGACAGGAUCACUGGCAGCCUGCAGCUGUUCUUCUACACACACACACACACACUCGGCUCAGACAUGCUUCUCCCUCUCUAUUGCCUACACACACACACUGACACACUUCUUCUCUGUAUAUUGUACAGUACAUUUACUAUACUCUGAUUGUUAGGUCUUCUUUUAUAAUAUCUUUAUACUAUAAAGAGCUCUCCCCCCUGCCCUCCCUCUCUCCAGCCGUCGUCUCGCUGUAUGACGUCCAUUCUGGGGAAAAGAAACCUGCAGUUUGCUGGGAUGACCAUCAGCCUGACGGUCUCUACCAUAAGCCUCAACCUGCUGGCCUCUGACUGCAAACAGGUGACACACACAUGCACACACCUACACACACACACACACACUCGGGCAUACAAACACACUGCGUGCAGGGAUCCUGAAUGAGUGAUUGUUGUUAUUGAUCUAUCUGGGUUUGUUAUUACAGACUAUUAAGGUAUUUAGUAUACACUAUAUCUAAUUGUCAAUGGAACCAACCCCUACUGCUGAAUGGAGAAACAUGAUCUCUCUCUCCUCUGUCUCUCUCCAUCUCUCUCUCUCUCUCUCUCUCUCUCUCUCUCUCUCUCUCUCUCUCUCUCUCUCUCUCUGUUCUCUCUCCUCUCUGUCUCUCUCCAUCUCUCCACCGCUACAUCUCACCUCUAUACAUCAUUCAUCACACUACCAUGCUCAAAUCCCUCCCUCCCUCUCUCUCUCUCUGUCUCUCUCUUCACAGAUAAUCGCCAAUCAUCACAUGCACUCCAUCUCUUUCGCUUCUGGAGGAGACCCAGUGAGUUAUACAGCCCUCUCUCUCUCAUCUCACUCUAUCCAUCCUCAAUCCCCACUCUAUCCAUCCUCUAUCCCCACUCUAUCCCCACUCUAUCCAUACUUUAUCCCCACUCUAUCUAUCCUCUAUCCAUUUCUCUGCCUCUGUCCAUCCAUAUACUCCUCUGCCUCUCUCUCCCUGCUUCACUCUGUCCAUCCGUCUACUCCUCUAUGCCUCUCUUCUCUCUCCCUGCUUCACUCUGUCCAUCCAUCUACUCCUCUGCCUCUCUCCCUGCUUCACUCUGUCCAUCCAUCUACUCUGCCCCUCUCUCCCUGCUUCACUCUGUCCAUCCAUCUACUCCUCUGCCCCUCUCUCCCUGCUUCACUCUGUCCAUCCAUCUACUCCUCUGCCCCUCUCUCCCUGCUUCACUCUGUCCAUCCAUCUACUCCUCUAUCCCUGUCACCCUGCCUCUGUCUUGCUCCGUCCAUCUUUCUUUUCCUCUAUCCCUCUCUCCUCCCUCUGUAUUCUAUAGCUCUUUUCCUCCCUCCUUUGUCUGCAUCAGUGGAACUCCCUCUCUUCCUCAGACACGUAUUCUUCCUCCUCCUCCUCAUCUCUUCCUCCUAGAUCAUUGUGUGUUAAUAGCUCCUCUGACUAAAUGUCUUUGCUUCCUUCUCUCUUCCGACUCACCCACUCUCCCUUUUCCUCCUCACCCUCCCCUUCAUAUUUCCCUCCCAUUUCCCCCUCCCACCCUCUCCUCCCCAUCCCCCUCUUCUCUCUCUCCCUCAGGACACAGCAGAGUAUGUAGCAUACGUGGCCAAAGACCCAGUCAACCAGAGAGGUGAGACUCAAUGUCAUCCCUCCAAUAUAUUUAUCCAGCAGCACAUCCAAUCCUUGUUCAGUACCUUACUUUGGACAGUGAGGCAGUGCCAAUAUUCUGUUUCCUUAUCUCUGUUGUUUACCCUCCUCUCCGCUUCCUUUCUGUCCAGCGUGUCAUAUCCUGGAGUGUUCGGAGGGCUUGGCCCAGGAUGUCAUCAGUACGAUAGGACAGGCCUUCGAACUACGCUUCAAACAGUACCUGAAGAACCCCCCCAAAUUGGUCACCCCCCAUGACAGGUGUGUGUUUGCAUGUGCGUGUGCGUGUGUGUGCAUGUGUGUUUCUCACUCUUGACUCCUCUCCCCUUUCUCAGGAUGGCUCCGUUUGACAGCUCAGCGUGGGAGGAAGAGGAAGAUGAGGGAGCACCGCCCUCUGCAGAGGUUCCGUACUAUAAUAACUUCCCCGGGAAACAACCUCCUCCUGGAGGACUGGUGGACAUGAGGGGCCGCCCCGGGGCUACCCUGGUGAGACACACACAUCAAGUCAUUGUCAGUCAAUAGUAUUGAAUCCAGCUCCAGACUGCAGCUCCAGAAGAGAGAGGGCAGUUCAGUAUGUAGGCUAAUCAUCUAACCCAGUCUCACCCUCACAUCACAGCAGACCUUAGUCUCCCACUCUCUCUGGCACUCUCUUUAUUCACCUCACUGUGUGUGUCUGUCUGUGUCUGUCUGUGUGUGUCUUUGUGUCUGUCUUUGUGUGUGUGUAUGUCUGUCUUUGCGUGUGUGUGUGUGUGUGUGUGUGUGUGUGUGUGUGUUAACAGUGUAAUGUAUGUUUUUCCAUCUGUAUCUUAAUUGUAUCUUAAUUGCUUCUGGCGUGUGUGUUUGCAGCCCUAUGGACAGCCGGGUCAGAAUGAUAUUCACAAGCAGCCGCUGCCCCCUCUACCAAGUGAGCCAUCUCUCUCUCUCGCACUCACUCAAUCACUCACUCUCUCACUCAGCUAAAGGAUAUGAGGUGACACAUAAUACAAUGACUUACAGCAAGAGAAUGCCACAGACACAGUGAGAGAGGAAAUUAGUCAGAUUGACCCUGUGUGUGUGUGUGUUACUCUAGGACAGUGUGUGUCAACUGGUCUGUGUGUUCCCAUAGGGAUGUGUGUGUUAUUUCAGGUCAGUGCUGCUACACUAGCAUAGGGUUUUUCUCCAUCUGAGUCCCUAAUCAUAAAUGAGCCAGCAACUGCACUGAGAAAUAGUCUAAACACACACACACACACACAUACUGUACAAACCCUGUCACCCCAACAAACACACACACAUGCAUGCACACAAAUUUUAAAAACAUGACACACCUCAACCAGAGAUUUGUGUUCAGCAAAAAGCAGGGCACUCAGAGCCACUUCAGGACUAAAAACACUGCAGGGUUCUGCUCUAUAGCUUUCACCUCUCCACAACAUCACCAAACAUACUGGUAACUAACCCAAGAUACAUCAUUGGCAUUGUGUCCAAUAGGAGCAAAUGAAGCAGUGGGCAGAACAAGCAAGGAGGUGGGCAGAGCCUAGCGAGAUCCUUAGUCCGUAACAGAUUCUAGUUUUGGGAACAGAACUGUAUUGAGAUCUAAUGUUUCAUCGAUUAGAACAUUUGCUGAAUGUUCGGCCAAGUUUCAUCUAGCUCCAUAUUCUCACACUUCCCGCCACUGGACUUCCUCUCAUCACCAUAUUUGGUGGUAAGAAGAAGUUCAAAACGGAUGCAUCAGAUUUAUACAUCCUGUGAAUUAUGUGUUCUUAAUAAUAAAUAAUAAUAUGCCAUUUAGCAGACGCUUUUAUCCAAAGCGACUUACAGUCAUGUGUGCAUACAUUUUUACAUAUGGGUUCUUCUUCUAUUUGUGACAUCACAGAACAUCCAUAGAAAUAUUUUUUGUAGAACAGAUACUCUAAAUGUUGCACCUCCCUGAACACCUCACAGGUGAUACCGACAUACAGUUAUGUGAUUAAACUCUGAUUGGUUGUUUCAGUGGGAGCAAAGGAGGGAGGGCGGGACCUGUGUGAUGACCCUUCAUACGUCAAUGUGGAUAAACCCCGCCCACCAGCAGCUGCAGCCAAUGGCAACGCUCACAGAGAUGCGUUCGAUAUGAGUGAGUCCCAGUUGGCCCUAUCAGCUAGAGUCUGUGUACAAUACAUCAACUGGCCCUGCAGUCUAUAGCAGUGACUAUCAGUCAUCUCGGAUAAGACUAAUUAGAAUGGUUAUCAGCUAUAUUGCAGUAAUUACACUACAGUAGAAGUCAUUAGUUUAUUCAUUUUGGUUUGGACAUAGGGGAAAUGAGAAUAUUGGUAUCCUGAAUGUAUCAAGAAUUAAUCUGGUCUGGUCUUAUAGUCUCACAAUGAAUCUCUCACUAUCUCCCUCCUCUUCCUCCUCCUCCUCCUCUCAGAGCCGUUUGAUGAUUCCCUGGGUGUAUCAGGUCUGGGGGUCUCAGCGGCACCCCCUCUGGUGGAACAGCUGCAGUGCGAGGCCUGGUUCCACGGCAGCCUGAGUCGCAGGCAGGCUGAGAGACUGCUGACCCGCGACGGAGACUUCCUGGUCCGAGAGUCAGGCACCACCCCUGGACAGUACGUCCUCACUGGACAACAGGGGGGUCAGCCCAAACACCUACUACUGGUCGACCCAGAGGGAGUGGUGAGUGGGGAGGGAGGGAGGGAGGGAGGGGAGGGGAGGGUGUUUGUGUUAGAGCAAGCCACCCAAAGCCUUCCCACUUAUCAGCUGUGAUGUGCUAUGUUUUGUUGACCCUCUCUCUCUCUCUAUCUCUCUGUCUGUCUGUGUGUGUUGUCCUACUCCUCAGGUACGUACCAAAGACCACCACUUUGAGAGUGUGAGCCACCUGAUCAGUUACCACAUGGACAACAGACUGCCCAUAGUAUCAGCAGGCAGUGAGGUGUGUCUGCAACAACCAGUGGAGCACAGGGCCUGAACACACACACACACACACACACUCAUACAGUAAUGCAACACAUACACACUCUCAGCAACACUACACACAUAAGCAGUGCGGAAUACACAAAUACUGUACACACACACUCACACACUGACCACAUUAAGGAAAGCCAAAAAAACGCACCUCUCUCACUCUUUCUGCCAAAUCAAUUGCUCGCUGCUUUUUCUCACACCCUCCUGGACGACACACUGUGACCUCCAUGAUCCCUCCUUCUGUUCAUCUUUCCAUCAUCGAGGUCCACUCCCUCCAUCCCUCCAAAGAGCGAGGGAGUAAUACUGAGGAACACCUCUUUUCUUUUUUUUCUUUUUUAAAAAAGUGGGACAGAAAUGAAUACAAUUUAGUACAAAACUGAGCAUUAUUAAUGAAAUCAUGCCAUAGAAUAAUUCAAAAAUGAUACAAUCAUAGUAAAGGAGGACUGUGGACCUUGUAGGGGUGGAGUGAAACGUAGAGAAAGGAGUGGAGUGAUGGAGGGAGAGGUCUUGAUCCAGAUAUGGCAGAGGAAACAUUUUCUCUCACCGUCACAGAAGCACUCCAAAGACUUGUCUGAUGAUUGGAAUCAUCAGAGAGCUCAGACGUGGACCCUCCAAUCAAAUAUCAGUGGAACACAGGAACAGCCAAUCAAAUAUCAGUGGAACACCGGAAUAACCAAUCAUGACUGAGAUCAGGCCUCCUGUUAAAUAUGCAUAGACAGUUUUGUAUCCACACAAAUCAGGGCCCUCGCUCACCCUCUAGCCACUCCCAUUUAAAGACCUUUCAUCUUUGACCAUUGACCCCCUGAGUGAUACCUGGUAAUGUCACGGAGGAUGUUCCUGUAUGCAAAAAGGGGGUUGCUAUGCCAACAACCAUUGUCUCCGUCUGUCCAAAUAUGGACAGGGUUUCUUUCCUGCCUCUGAGGGCGGAGUUUGAUAAAAAGGAUGUGAUUCAUGUCCAUCUGACAUCAG